CCGGAAGCAGUUCUUUGGCCUGUGACACGUAGCAACGGUGCCGGCUCUGGGUCUCAAACUGAGUUCUCGGGAUUAUCUGGCGCUGGGGCAGGUGCAGCCGUCGCCUCUCCGUUGGGUGAGUGUCCCAGGCCCGUGGCACAUUGCUCUCCUUCUGUGUACCCCCGUGCAGCGCGGCUUGUUGCCGCCUUUCGGCGCCGCUCUGGGUCCUGUCCUGAGACCCUCACUCCUCUUCAGGCCCUUGCUGUGACGCGCGGCCUCUGCACCAAAGGCGCGGCCUUCCAGGAGUCCUCACUUUCUUGGCCUUAUUUUGCAAGGGGGCAGGUCAUUUGCAAUGUCAGGCUUUGAUAAUUUAAACACGGAUUUCUACCAGACGAGUUACAGCAUCGAUGACCAAUCACAGCAGUCCUAUGAUUAUGGAGGAAGUGGAGGACCCUAUAGCAAACAGUAUGCUGGCUAUGACUACUCGCAGCAAGGCCGGUUUGUCCCUCCAGACAUGAUGCAGCCACAACAGCCGUACACUGGGCAGAUCUUCCAGCCAACUCAGACGUAUGCUCCAGCUGCACCACAGCCAUUCUAUGGAAACAGCUUUGAGGAUGAGCCACCUUUAUUAGAAGAAUUAGGUAUCAAUUUUGACCACAUUUGGCAAAAAACACUAACAGUGUUACAUCCAUUAAAAGUAGCAGAUGGCAGCAUCAUGAAUGAGACUGAUCUGGCAGGACCCAUGGUUUUUUGCCUUGCCUUCGGAGCCACAUUGUUACUGGCUGGCAAAAUCCAGUUUGGCUAUGUAUAUGGGAUCAGUGCAAUUGGAUGCCUAGGAAUGUUUUGUUUACUAAACUUAAUGAGUAUGACAGGCGUUUCAUUUGGUUGUGUGGCAAGUGUCCUUGGAUAUUGCCUUCUUCCCAUGAUCCUGCUUUCCAGCUUUGCAGUGAUAUUUUCUUUGCAAGGAAUGGUAGGAAUUAUUCUCACUGCUGGAAUUAUUGGAUGGUGUAGUUUUUCUGCUUCCAAGAUUUUUAUUUCUGCAUUAGCUAUGGAAGGACAACAACUUCUAGUAGCAUAUCCUUGUGCUUUGUUAUACGGAGUCUUUGCCCUAAUUUCUGUUUUUUGAACUGGAUUUAUCUGGGAUGUGGACAUCAUUGGGCCAAACACACCAAAAGGACUUCAAACUCUUAAACCGGACCAGCAAACUGCUACCGUGCACCUCUCGUGCAGAUCCGACGUUUGACUAUUGGAGCAAUGGAAGUAAACACGUGUCUUUGUUCAUUUUUAUAGAACUUUCGAAUACUGUGUUGGAUUUACCUGCAGUAUGAUUAACUUUAAGUGUUUGUGCUUGUACAAGUAAGAAGCGCUAUUUCUUUCCUAUAGCCUUUGAAAAACAACUUUUCUCCUUAAAUUAUAUUAUAAUGUUUUUGAUAGAUUUUUAUCAACUGUGGGGAAUUAACCACAGAGUUGAUAAUCUUUCUUAAAAACAAUCCAUAGUAAAGAAGAUACAAGACUUAUUGCAGAAAUAUUUUUUUCAAGGAAUUAGGAAAGAAAAAUUGCCUGUAUUCUCAAGUCAGACGCGCACAUCAAGCAAAAAGUGACCCCAGUGUAGAGUUUAUGAGUUUGCACUUCAAAAAUUUGACAUUCCUUUAAAUUAUCUCAUAGAAGUUUUGCUAAAUUUCAGUGAUACAGAAGUUCACAGUCUGCUUUAUCGUAGACAUGAAAUGUGAACACCUGUUUAGAUAUUAGCACUAAUGAAACCAUAGUGUCCUAGAUGUGUCAUAUUAAUGCUCAUAGUUGGAUCUCCGUUGUUUCCCAGGAAAAAGAAAAUCACUAACCUUUUUUGAAAAAAAGAUUAAAAUGUCAGUUUCAGUAUUGCAGUUAUCAAUGUAAAGUGCAUUUGAUGCUUAUUAAAAUUUUUCCAGUUUUAACUGUGUUGUUGAGUUUACUUUUGCUAAGCCACUAUUCUUGGUGCCCCAUUUUCUUUAAAUAGGGUUUGAUAUGUAUUCCCAAUUUAUUCUCAGCUUUAAGGGUAUAAGUCAUCUAGUAUAUAAUC